AUGGAGGAACUUCAUCUGUAUCCUAUGAAAGAUGUCCUACAAGUGAAAACGGCCACCAGCAGUUUAAGUUUUAGUGUGGAAAACCCGGCAAUUGCUCCCUGCCAGGGAGACUCUUCAGACCGUUCCCUUCAAGGACUGUGUGCUAGUGGAGGUCAACGUUUCGAGAUAACAACGCACGAGUCGCGGAACUCGGAGCGGCCCAGAGCACGGAACUGCAGCUGGCACGGAGCAAUAGCGGCUCCAUCCAGAUCCACCUUCUCCAAGGUCACCCCGCUCACAGCUUCUUGCAGGCCCGUUUCUGAUGACGGCAAGCGCGGCGGCACGGCUCGUGCUCCGCUGCUCUCCGCCCACACUUCCCGGCGGAGCUGGCCGGGGCGGGGGCCGCGGCUCGGCUCGGGAUGGGCGCGCUGGCAGGCUCGCCGCCCCGCGGGGAUGCGCGCCGAGCGCGGGGGCGGGAUCGCGCCUCGCUCCCCCCAGAGCCGCGGCCUCAGCCCGGCCCUGCCGCCCGCCUCCCUCCCUGCCCCGCUGUCAGAGCCGCCCGCCCGCGUGGCAGCGGGGCACGGCGGGGCGUGCGGCGUCUCCCUGCGGUGGCUGCUUUGGUAUUGGGGACGACAGCUGCGUCCCACGCGGUGUCCGUCCAUCCAUCCAACCAUCCAUCCAUCCAUCCAUCCAUCCAUCCAUCCAUCCAUCCCUCCCUCCCUGAGUGGGCGGCGGCUGGUGUGUGUGUGUGUGACUGACAGUGAGGCGCGCACAGCGCGGGGGCAGCCGCUCGCACGCAGCCCACCGGGGCCACGCCGGCGCGCCCCGGCUGCGGCAGCCGCUUCUCCGUCCCCCGGAGCCCUCCCCGGUGGGGACAACCUCAGCGGCCUCGCUGCUCGUCCUCCUCCUCCCUCCUGGCGGGAUCUUCGCCUUCUGAAACGGGAACUGAAAUUUGGCUCGUCAGCAUCGAGUUGCUGAUGAAAAUCUUGGUCACCUCAGCAUUUGCCGUCUUUUUGUCUCCUUAAGAAAAAAAAAGUUAUGGAAAGUGUUUUAGAAAAAGAAAAUGCUACAAAUGUUGAAUACCUGAUGGUACUUUUUGUAAGUCUCUCCACUAACUCUUUGGGUAAGUCCCCUACUGGAAUAGUCCCUUUUCCCCACAUGCCACUUGUUAAACAGUUUUAGCUGAAUCCAGAAUUUUGCAGGUCCUCUUCUAAGCUUAGAACUUCUCUGCUACAUUACAGGUUGUCUCUUCUUGUCCCAGAGUCUGAGUCUAAAGGGUGCAUGUUUACGAUCAUGUGUUCUUCUGGUCUAUGUUGAAUUACAUUCUGAUUGUGUGCUAUUUUUUCUGCACUGAUUUUGGUUCCAUAAAUACACAUCUCAAACUCCUCUCAUGUCUAUAAGCAGGCUGGUGUGAUGUGUAUUCUUGUCAUCUCCCAGUGAUACACAGGGUAAUAACAUAAGUAUUAUAUUGGCAAAUCAUCUAGAUCACCUUCUGCAAGCUUUAUAUCAACAACUAGUAAUUGUCAGCCUGUGUCUCACUCCACCUUCAUUCGUACACACAGAUAGCUCUGUCACUAGCAUGACAUUUAAUCCUAGGCCUGUUAGUGAAAGAGAUACAUGUACUUCAGGUUUUGUGAUAAAAUUCAUAUAAAUAUAACUAGAACGUGGAUUUCUACAUAUAUCCAGAGCAUGUUUUUCCAUUGACGUUAGUUUUCUCUGUAGCCAUCAAACAUGGUCCAAUCAAAUUGUUUUCUUUUACAGCUCAUGGUGACACAGAACACAGCACAUUGUAACUACAGGAACAGACUCGACUUUGAAAGAUCUCUAUCAGGCAUGACAGAGAAUUUGGGGCAGCUGGCAGUUAUCAGCUGAAGCAGUUACUCAGUAGAACUGUACAAGAUAAAUAGAUAAUUGAAAAGCCAUCUGGAAACCUGGGAGAGAUAACAAGCCUCUCUUCUAGAAGUGGGGUAACAACUCAGGUAGGUCACAGAUGAACUCAACUCCCAGAUCACUGCUUUGCCUAAUAACACUGGAAAUACAGCAGCAGUUCAUGCCUGUCAGCUCUGAAGCAGUAUUGAAGUUGUUGUUGGAAAGGCAGUUUGGCAUAUUCAGUUAUACAAAUCAUUAUUGCAGUAGAGUGAAAAAGGAUUUUACCUAAAGACAUGUGAUCAAAAUCCAGGGAGCAACAUGGCCCUUUGUUACAGUUGCCAAAAUAGAAAACUAGUUGCGCACACUUUUCACCCUCCAUGCUACUUUGUUUAUACUGCCUGCAACUACCACGCUGACCACGGUUGCCUGUGCGGCGACUUCUUUCUCUUUUUUUGUGUAAUUUAUAUUUAUAUUAAGAUAAUGGAACUAUUUUUGUUUUAUUUACCAUGAGCAAAGAGAAUGGAAGGGAAAGGCCAAUAUCAAUGAAUAAAAGAAUGUGUUGAUCUUAGUAGAUCCAUUUUCAAAGAGUCCUAAAGAGUGUUUCUGUUCAACUCUCUCUUAUGAUUCUCAAAUUUCUGACUACAGAAAGUGUGAAAUCUUGCAUGAACAUGCAAGGAAAUUGAUACUAUUUGGUAACUCCUCUUGCUAGGUUCUAAUCUCUUAUAGAACUAUAUUGAUUGUCAGGAAAGAACAUGAGAUAUUUUUGUGAGAGUGGGCACAGAAAAUAAGUUUUUGGCCUUUUUCAAAAGAGAAAGUGGCAUCUUUCCACCAGAGAAGUACUUGAAUUGAUCUUCUGACAUCUGUCUAUUUUGUUAAACCACACAGGUGAAUCACAGGAAAUAACUGAUGCCACUGUAGUAUUAAUUCUUGUGGAGCUGAACAAAGCAAACAAAUAAAAAACCCCCAAACAACCAAUAAAACAAAACAAAAAACAAAACACAAACAAAAAUAGCAAAAAAAAAAUAGUGAAGACUUUUGCUGCUCACUUUACUUUGAAAUAUGCUUUUAAAAAUCUGUCUCCAAAAAUUCUGUCUAAAAAAUUCUGUGCAUUUACACUGAAAAAGCAUAAAGCAAAACACAUGCAUCAAUUUUUUUUACAGUGGCAGUUACAAUAUUAGUUGCUACAGUACAGUAGCUAGGAAAGAAACAUAUUAAAUUCUCAAAAUCCAUUAACAAAAAUUUGCAUGUGUCCAUGUUGCUGGCUGCAGAAAUAAUGUGGUUCAUUUGAACAGUCUCUGUAAAUCUUAAAAAGUAACUGCUGUUUUUAUUCUUUAGGUAUUUUUCAAAUAUCUGUUUUACUUUGGUACUGGACAUUAAUUAGUCGUGCACAUAUGUAAAUUCUGUUUCUAUGUAUUGACUGUUGGAGAUGUUUUCCUUUCAUAUCUCAUUUUAUGACUGCUAAAACAAAAAAAAAAAGGCAAAGUUUUAAAGCUUACAAAUGCAUGAAAAAUUUUUAAUUGCCAUUUGCUGUUUUGAGGCAUGAUUCAUCUUUUCAUUACAAUCCUAGUGAAAGACUUUGGUCAGUCUAGAGCCAUUUUUUAUAUCAGUUUCUCCAUUUAGACCCAUGUAUACAAUUGUAAGUUACCAUUGUGUUAUAAGAUAUCCCCAACUUUGUUAGAUUACAGAACUUCUUAGGUAAUAGGAGAAUUUUCUUUCUGACUUACUAAUUUUUAUUUUCUUUUAAAAUAAGAUGAAAUGAAGUAGCCAAAAAAAUUGCUUUUUAUAUGAAAUUCCAGAAUCUGCCUAAGUAUUUUUUAUAUAAGGAUUAAAUAUAGCAAUAAUUGUAAUCUAAAAAGAUGUUGGCAACAUGCUGUUGUAAAUAAUGCAAAUAAUACUUAGAAUAAUAUGCAGAGUCAGAAGUAAGAAGGCAUCACUCAGAGGGAAGCAUCCUUAUAAUUAGGAUAGAUACAGAUCUCUUACUUUUUCUCAUGAAUCCUUUGAGUAUUUCAGUCUUUUUCUGUGCUGUGAUUCAGAUUCAACAGGAAAAGUGAAGAAUAAAUAGUUCAGCUCAGGCUCACACUAUAUAACUGAGAUUUAGGUUCUGCUGUAGGAGGUCUGAACAGAGGAAGGUCUUAGAAACUCUUUGUGGUCACACUCGCUAAUUGUGCAUGAAGGGAGGGAUCCUUCAUUAUCUGGUUGUACCCAAAUAUUAAGUCCGUGCUCUAAUUCUCAGGGGAUAAAGGUGCCUGUUAAUGCACAUAACUUAGAUUAACUGUUCAGACAAACAUCAUGCCUGAGUUUUUCCAAAGCUCUUUGCUCUACCAUCAGGAAAAAGGAAAAGGCUUCCCCCUAAAGCGUUCUGAAUUUCAUCCUGGAGGCACUUAAACCCCUGCUUGUUUGAAAGCUGGCUGCCUAAGGAACUACAAGUGAACCCUCCUGCAGCUAUAGUACUCUGAAUACGACCCUUGAGCAUAGAUAGGUUUUCAGAAUGGUUAAGCAUCAAUGAGCAUACUCUGAUGGGAUCAUAUUCUGCACGCAAGGUAACAUGACAGUCCAACUCCUGAGCGGGUUUACAGAACGUAAUGAAUUUCUUGAAUACCAUGAGUACAUUGAACUAAUCUUCAGUACUUCACUUGUUAUUCAUUGUGAUGAAAACACUGGAGUAUAUGAUCAAAAUCAUACAUGAAGAGCUUUCACUUCAUGUAAUUAUUUCUUCUUAUUAUAAUCUUGGUUUACUUUGCAACUCACUUCUAGGAUAAUCACAUUUUUACAGAGUGGGUAAAACUUUAGAAAUAGAAGUAUGGUUGGAAUACAAGUGUUUGGCAUGCUUCAAAACUGUAAAAAUCAUCAGUAUAUAAUGUAUUUACUUUCUUUACUGAUUAGGUCAAAAAUGUGUAUCUACAUUUUAGGGGACACAUACCAAACAAGUUCUUCUCCUAACACACAAAUCAACACCACGAGACUUUUGAAGAAGAAAACACACAAUAUUUACAUGUGUGGUUCUAAAGUGCACAAUAAGGAAGCAGAAGUCAACUUUCUAUUUGGAGAAGGUCUCAGAUUGUUAAUCCAAACCCUGUUUUCCGAGCAAAUGGCAAUGGCAAUGUGUUUGAAGGUAUUCAUAUAUGUCCUCUUACUUUUUGGUGACUUUCUUGUUCUUUAACAAUAAGGCCUGAUGUAACUCCUGCUGGUGCCCCAGGAUCACACUGUUUUGUUUUGUUUAUUCCACAAAAUCUGUAAGAAUAGUUUCUUUUUUCCCAUUUAUAUUUUUUUUUGUCAGUCAGUGUCUCAUUGUCAGUAAUGUCUGUGGAUGCACAAGUCUGAUCCUGAAUUGGUAUUCAAAUAUCUACUUCUUAUCAAAUAGCUUGAAUUCUGCAACAAUUUAUUUUGGUCUAGGGUGAGACUUAGGUGCAAAUUGAGACAUCUUAGGCAUCUAUAUGGAAGGGCUCAGGUGUAAACUAUAUGUGUAAACUCUUGUUCUAGACAAGAGUCAAUGCAACCUGUGGACCCUUCUUGGUGCCUUGUCUGCUGAUGAAAUGCUUUGCAGAUAUUUCAGAGGGAACUGAGUCGUUCUCUAAGCUCCAUCUGAACACAGACAAAAAUUAUGGCAUCAUGUGAAAUGUACUGUCAGUUUCUGUCUUGCAGUUCUCUACAGGAUGAAAUUCCCAGAAACUUGAAAAAUACAUUUAAAAAUAUAUUUUAAUCACUAAGUUCCUGACAAAAAUAGUGAAAAGAACUUUCCUGAGUUUCUCCUAAAGACAAAUAAAGAUUCUGUAAAAUUUUUGGAUCUUCUUUUGUCGUUUGCUGUGACUCAUGCAUGUCAUACAACAGUACCAGAAGCUAUUGGCCAGGUAAAGCAAUCUUGGAUAUCUUAGUGUGCUUUUGUUCUGAAAAUGUGUAUCAAUGUACAUCUUGGAUCUCUCAGGCUUAUUCAAUGCUUUUCAGAUAUUAACAGUAUUAUUUGAGUUGGUAACCUGAAAUAAUCUGACACUGCAUUUAUUGAUGCACAAGAUUAUUCUGAAUUUUGUGUCCAAAUAUCUGAUUUACCUUACACAUUCCAAGUGAAUAAAAUACUUUGCUUUAAACAUA